AUGUCAUCACAAACCUAUCUAGCUGAUAAGAUGCAGAACCCCAUCGGCUGGCAACCCUCUUUCGUCAAAAUCAACGCCGUCCUCUCCACGUCCUUUGCUGACGGAGAAUUUGGAGAGGUCCUGUCCACUAUCGAUGAGUUAGAGCUUGUGAACACACCAAUAACUCGCCGUCAGUUUCGGCUCCAGCUCCAAAAAGGCGUCAUAGAGAGCAACGGCGAGGUUGUCAAGGAUUUUUCCCGGGUGGCAGAGAUCCUCCACGAUCAGCAAUACAUGUCACCAGUGCUCCAAGAUGCCUCGUCUCUUAUCAACGAAAUAGAACGCUCAGAAGCGAAAGGCGAUUUGCUAAGGCGCGUCAUAAGACACUUUACUUUGUCCGAAGAGGAAAUCAAUGUUUUAACAUUGUCCUCGGAACCCAUCGACGAGAGCUUCUUUCUGGCUAUCUCGAAGGCGAAGGCCGUUCAGCAGGAUUGUGAAGUUCUCCUAGGAUUUGAAAACCAAACCCUCGGCCUAGAUGUAAUGGGACAGUCCUCGAAACAUCUGGACCAGGCAUUUCAAAAACUCUACAAAUGGACUCUGAGAGCUUUUAGGGAGACGAACUUGGAGUUGCCUCAAAUGGGCCCUUCCAUCCGGCGCGCUCUUCGACUCCUUUCCGAAAGACCGCCCCUCUUCCAAAGCUGCCUCGAAUCCUUCUCGAGUAAUCGUGACCAGAUACUUUCAGAUGCGUUCUAUUUUGCCCUAACCGGAGAGAUUGCCACUUUAGUAGGCAAACAAACUUCGGUAAAGCCGAUCGAGAUGGGAGCACACGAUCCCCUACGCUAUGCGGGCGACAUGCUCGCUUGGACCCACUCUGCUGCUGUUGGCGAGAAGGAAUCCCUAGAUGCUGUAUUCAGCCCGGAUCGUGGCCAGAUAACUCAGGGUUAUGCCUCGUCGACCAGAGAACUCUCUUGGCCCGACUACGAACCUGCAGCCUAUGAUCCUACGAGAACAGUAAGAGAAUUGGUAGACCGUAACUUGGCGGGGGUGUCGCGCAUGCUGCGCCAGCGCGUUGAACAGGCGAUUCAUACGAAUGAAGACAUUAUCUCAGCAUAUAAACUUAUCAACCUUCAAGCAUUCUACCGGCUCUUAUUCUCCAAACUCUUGGACGCAGAUUGCGCCCUAACCGAGUGUCUACAAAGCUUAGAAUCCACAGCAACGCGGCAGUUCCGAUCUCUUGUCAGGGACCAAAUUGGGGCCUUACAAACACAACUCCAGCAAACACCUCAUAAUCUAGAGACCCCGGUUUUCCUCCGAGACGCCCUCGGCCAGGUUGAUACAAUCUUGAAAACUUUUAAUGCCUCUUUCGACGAAUCUUUAGAUCGCGCAGCCGAUCUUGAUUUCAUUUUCACAGAAGCACUUGAUCCAUUCCUGGCUGGGUGUGAAGCGCUAGGGAAUAGGAUGACUCCCGAACCUCGUGCCAUCUUCCUGAUCAACUGCCGGCUUGCAACAAUCAAGUCAUUGCAGUCGUUCAAUUUCACACAGGAAAAAGUCAACCAGCUUCAGGCUUCCGUUGUGCAGGAUAUAACCAUCCUAGAGGAAUCUCAGCUCUCCUUCUUCCUCAGAGGCUCCGGUGUGGAAGCUAUCUUCAAUGCUGUCGAUGCUAUAAACAUAACUCCAGAGGUCACACAGCAGGCAGCCCUAUUCCCUAUCUCUAUCUUUGAGCCUGAGGCACUUAUCAGCCUAUACCUCGGUGACCUCAAGGUCCGAUCUACGACACUAGAUUUUAAAGUCAAUGAGGUCGAUAAGGUCGAUCAUCUAGUCUAUGGACUGUAG